UGCGGGGCGCCCGGAGUCUGCACGUGUGCCCGGGUUGGGAACCUUCCUGGGAAUCAUGGAUACGCCGCGGAGGCGCAGCAGGCGGCUGGAGGGUCUGAGGCCGGAGCCCCCUGAGAACUCCGCCUCAGUUCUGCGCGUGAAACGGGCCCUGGUGGAGAUCGAAUCAGGCGAUCCAGAAGUAACCAGGGAGCCCGGGUCUCCUCGGAGCUUGCGGCAGCCGGACCCCGGGUCCCCCGGACAUCAGCCGGAGACAAGCCCGGGGUCUCCCCUUCUGCAGCACUGUGCAUCCCGGAAGCCCCCCCAAAGGCUGCCAGAGCCGUGCUCACGGCCCCCCCAGCUUCAGCAAGAGCCAAGCUUGGAGUCACCCCGAAAACCACCAGAAUCGAGUCCAGAUCCCCCCCGGCGGGAGCCAGAGCCAAAGAAGGAGCCCCCGGCGAGAUGCGAGGUGCGCGAAGACCCGGGCACGGAGCCAGGCCCGGGGUCCCCCCGACAUGAGGCGCAGCUGGGCUCGGAAUCACUGGAGCCUUGCCCGGGCCAGGCAGCCCCGGGUCCGGAACCCUCGGGGCCUCUGCAGGAGCUGACACGCCAGUCCCCCGGAACCCCUCGGGCUCUGCCUGAACCGCGCAAGCCUCCCCCGGCCCGGGACGUGGCCACAGACGACAUCGGGGCAAAGAAGCGGAAAGGGUCGGCAGCCCCGGCCCCCGCGGAAAAGAAGUCCAAGAAGGAGGAGAUGCCCGUAAUUCCGAAGGGGAAGCCCAAGUCGGGGCGUGUGUGGAAGGAUCGCUCCAAAAAGAGGUUCUCCCACAUGGUGCAGGACAAGCCCCUGCGAACCUCCUGGCAGCGGAAGAUGAAAGAGCGGCAGGAGAGGAAGCUGGUCAAGGACUUUGCACGCCACCUAGAGGAGGAGAAAGCUCGACUCCGGGAGGAGAAGAAGCAGCGCCGUGCCGAGAACCUGAAGCGCCGCUUGGAGAAUGAGCGGAGGGCGGAGGUGGUGCAGGUGAUCCGGAACCCGGCCAAGCUGAAACGCGCCAAGAAGCGGCAGCUGCGCUCCGUGCAGAAGCGGGACACCCUGUUCGCGCUGCAGAAAACGCCGCCCCGGCAGCUACCGGCUGAGCUCGGGUCGCAGAGGGUCGGAGGGGCCGGGGAGCAGGGGCCUCCCUGAACCACCUCUCACACUCCCCCGGCCUGGACUCUGAGCCAGGGAGACCCUGGGGCAGCAGGAUCCGAGACCAAAGGGAAAUCCGGGACCCCGCAGAGGCAGAGAGAAGAGAGAGGUGGCGCCCCGGGCUCGGCCCCGCCCUCACCAAGUGCCUGCACCCCCGAGUGGAUUCUAGUGUCUCCCAGAGUCGGCGACUAGAGUUGGCUCCCCUGAAGCGUGGCUGUUUGCUCCCAAAUUCCUGGGCCCGGUCCAGACCCGCCAGCAAAUACCUAGCCCUCCCUUGCAGACAGCCUGGUGCCAACAGCACCCUUCCCUCCCUGGACAUUACUAAGGAGGAGGUUGUGGGGGGCAGCGUUUCUCUCUGGCUUCCCCCGCGGUAUCCCCCAGGUCAGCUGGGUGCUGCCCCACCCCAGGUGACAGCAAAAAAACCUUUAUUGACUCCACUGCCCCAC